AACGUCGUGACUGAUUUAUGCAGUGUAUUUCAUUGGCUUCAAUGCUGACCUGUUUCUUUCCUCCCCUUUUUUUUUUUUAAAGAGAAGAUAUACCUUUGAUGAUAGCAUACCAGAUAUCAUCUGUUUAAGGGUUGAUGUGAUAUGACUAAUUUUAUAAUAAUAAGAACAAUGUUGCGCAAUUGUGUUCCCAAAUUGGCCAAUGAAUCCUUAAAAUAAAAGAGAGGGGUCAAGGGUUCAUAUAUCACUUUCCCCUUUUUUAUUUCUUGCCUUUUUUCUUUAUCCUUUUUAUCUGAUGACUUUGGAGCAAGAAAGGGACCCUCUGUUAAGAAAUCAGGCUAUUGAUUAUCACACUGUUGAUUCUAUUUCAACUGACGGUGGAGAUGAAGAGAAUCGUCUCAGGAAACAGCGUGAUCAUGAAGAUAUUUUAAAAACCAGACUGGGAAAGAUUACUUUACCUAUGGUAACGAUAUGCCUUUGCAUAGGUUCUUUCUUGGCUGCAAUGGAUACAUCUAUUGUCACAACGGUGUUUAAUGAAAUAGGAACAGAGUUUAAAAGUUCGAAUCUUUCGGUAUGGAUCAUGACAUCUUAUAUGCUCAGUACUUCUGCUCUUCAACCUUUGUACGGUAAGCUAUCGGAUAUCUUUGGCCGCAAGACUACACUUGUUGCCAUCCUCUGUUUCUUCCUUCUUGGUUCAUGGUUAUGUGGAGCAGCAAACACGAUGACACAGAUGAGUAUAGCCAGGGCCAUUGCUGGAUUAGGUGGUGGUGGACUGAUGACAAUGGCAUCCGUUGUCAUUCAUGAUUUACUUCCUUUGAGAGAAAGAGGGAAAUACCAAUCUUAUGUCAAUAUGGCACAGACAGUCGGCACAACCAUCGGCGCUCCACUAGGUGGUUUGAUCAAUGAUACCUUUGGAUGGCGUUAUUGCUUUUACGUGAAUGUGCCUCCUUGCUUGUUUAUUCUUUACUGUUACAUCUACCGUUUAGAGAACUACAACUUAAGUCAAGAUACAUCUGCAUUUUCCGACUUGCGUAAAAAACUACGUAGUAUCGAUCUUGCUGGAGCUGGCUUCAUGCUGAUCGCCAAUGUUUGUUUUGUCACCAGCACGUCUUUAGGAGGUAACACACGCGAAUGGACAGAUCCCUUGGUAGUCACUCUGCUCAUCAUAGCGGUUGCCAUGUUUAUUCUUUUUGGAGUCUACGAGGUCUACUGGGCAAAGAAUCCAAUUGUGUCCAAAAAACUCAUAAAGAAUCGUAACGUGGCUGCUGUUUGUCUAAACAACUUCUUUCUUUGUUCAUCUACCAUGGUUUACGUUUACUUGCUACCACAGUUUUUCAUGGGUGUCCUAGGAUACAGUGCAUCCUCUGCAGGUCUCUGGGUUUUACCAAGAACAGCCAUGGUUGCUGCUGGUUGCUGGGUAGCUGGAAGAUACUUGGGUAUCAAAGGAAAGUACAAGUACUUUAUUAUUACUGUCAUGUCUGCCCAUAUGGUCACCUCCAUCGGUAUGUCUACUUGGACUGAAACCAGCCCGUUAUGGUUCGAACUGAUUUGUAUGAAUAUCGAGGGUCUCUGUUUUGGCUGCGUCCUGGUGGCAACCAUGGUCGCGCUUGUGGCGGAUAUUGAUCAUUCGGACACUGCAUCGGCUACAUCCAUGAUUUUUUUGUGUCGGUCGAUGGGCUGGUUGUCAGGCGGAACGAUCACGGCUGCGAUAUUACAAGCCAACUUUAAGACAAGUCUGCAUAAAUCCUUAUCAGGUCCCGAAGCAGCCAGGAUUAUCGAGUUUGUUCGUACGUCUAUCUCAAAGAUCCGUACCUUGUCUCCAGAACUACAAACAAUCAUCAUUGCGUCUUUACAGGUAUCAAUUCAUAGAGCACUCUUGUAUGGCGUUGCUUGCUCCAUUCUUUGCUUCCUGUCAUCAACACUUUUGAGAAACUGUCAGUUGGGCUCUGUGUCAGGAAAGAAUUAAAUAAUAAAGUUCUUUUUUAUUUAUUGCUCGACAUACUAUAUUUUUAUUAAUUAUUGACGUU